AUGGGCAAAAACACGGCUCGGACACGCACCCAUGGAUCAUCGAUCGAUCCUAACCCGCAAAAGGAUGUCGCCGGUCCAUCACGCAAAGCAGCCGGUAAACGAAAAAAAAGAGGAGAAGAGGGAAGCGAUCCUUCCCUUACAAAUGCUGAGAUCAAAACCUAUCGCUCCAAUCUUCGGGGUCGCGCAAUCCGGCCGACAAAAUUCUACCAUAAAAAGUCCAUGAAAAAGCUUGGGGUGCAUGAUGGUGUAUACCAUUUGUUCAUAAAACUCGGUUGGCGUGGUUUUCUUCGACUUUGUGACAGAACUUACGAGGAACCCACAAUGGAAUUUCUUAGCACAUAUGCACGAGAUGAUGACACGGAAGUCCUCACAUUCCAGUUGAAAGGGGAGCAUCAUAGACUCACAUACGAAGAGCUUGAUUCUAUCAUGGGUAUAGACGAUCCAUUCCGCAUCAGCCCCCAAAAUCAAGAGUACCAAGAUUUUCUGCGUUGCCCUGAUGCAAACUUUUGGAUGCAAAUUUCCGGUCUCCCAACCUUUAACCCAAGCCGACAGCGAGCCAAGCACAUCGUUCACCCCUGUUGGCGAAUUGCUCACCGAGUCCUUACGACGAGUAUCUUCGGGCGUCUCGAGCCCGGUCAAAUCAACAGAUGGGAAAUUUUCAUCGGGGGACUUAUCACGAUCAUAGGUCGAGCCGUCGGCCUAGACUUCCCGGAUCCCGAGUACAUACCUGUCGACACCCCACCGAACUUCCUGCUAGAUUGUGACACUCUCAUCCGGAUGGAGAUGUUGCUCGAUCAGGGAACCCGCACGUACAGUUGGUUAGACGCUGACAAAGCCCCGGUUUACAUCCUGCCAAGUUGGAUCGGUUCUUCAUUCGAUACAGGCGACCCCGACACUUGGCUUCCUCCAGACCAGUUAACCCAAACAAGUGUAUUCCCAGAAUUCGGUGAUGAUGAGGGUGACGAUGCAGAGGAACAAGAGGAAGAAGAUGACGAAGAGGACGACGAGAUGCCCGAAGCUGAGGACCAUUUUGACCAGCCCUCGAUGCAGCAGCCGAUGUUUCAGCAUGAUCAGUUCCAGGCCCCUCCACAACAUUUUGACCAGCCGCAUCAGCAGGAGGGACACGAAGUCCCACCAUAUUUCCCCCACACGUUCUUUGACCAAUUUGCCACAAUGUUCUCCACGGUGCAGCGUAUCGACGCCCAAACGCAAGAGAAUUCAAGAGCCAUCCUAGAUGUGGCAAGCCGUGUUGAUCGAUUGGAGCAGUUCUCCUCUCACACUUCCCGCCAGCUCCAGGAUAUGUGGGACUACCACCAUCGCUACGGGCAUUUCCCGCCGCCCGACCCCCCGAUUUAG